UUUCCUCCCCCUCCCUCGGCUUGCGGGAGAUGACUCAGAGACGAGCUGGAGCCCACGGCUACUUCUCUUGACUCCUCUGGCUGUCCUCCAUAGACCCUUUCUCUCUCUAAGAUUUCGCCAUUUUUAUUGCUUCCUUGCUCGCUGGAGAGAGAGAGAGAGAGAGAGAGAGAGAGCUUGGGAGAGACGACGAGCUUUUUUUUAUUCUUUCCAAGCUUCCCUCCAUCGCUCAAACUCGAGGAGACCCAUCAAGUUGGUUGCAAACAAAAGACACCUUUUUUCCCCUCUCCUUCUCUCUCUAAGCAAGUCUAAUCCAAUCUUAGCUCUUUCUCUCUCAAGCAGUUUUUGUGUGUGGGGGGGAUUUAGAGAGGCCCAUCCUUCCGUUUGCUGGAUCUCCAGAUCUAAGGGCUAUCUUCACUUCGAUAAUUUCGCUGGGUAAGUUCAAACCAGCUCACUCAACCUCAAAUCCAUAAAAGAUACAAAGAAUUUUAUCUUUUCCUCCAAAAAAUCAAUGCCUAUGUCAAGAACACGGAGGAGAUUUUGGGUGAGAUGAGGGAUGCUAUCUCGGUUAUUAGACCUCCUGCGGGCCUGUUGGGGCCCGCGACCGGGUCGAGACGGGCCCGCAGGCUCGGACUUCUCGGGCCGCCAAGACGGGCUUUUGUGGUACAAGGACUCCGGCCGUCAUGUCAGUGGAGAGUUCUCCAUGGCUGUGGUCCAAGCUAACAACUUGUUGGAGGACCAGUGCCAGCUCGAGUCGGGCCCGCUGAGUUCCCUGGAGUCCGGACCCCACGGGACCUUCGUCGGGGUUUAUGAUGGCCAUGGAGGCCCGGAGACGUCGAAGUAUAUCAAUGAUCAUCUAUUUCAGCAUAUCAAGAGGUUUACAUCAGAGCAACAAUCAAUGUCUGCUGAUGUGAUACGGAGGGCUUUUCAAGCGACAGAGGAUGGGUUUAUCUCACUGGUCACAAGACAAUGGCUCUUGAAACCUCAGAUUGCUGCUGUUGGUUCUUGUUGUCUUAUUGGCAUAGUCUCUGGAGGAACUCUUUAUGUUGCUAAUCUUGGAGACUCCCGUGUUGUUUUAGGGAGAGCGGUCAAGGCAACUAGGGAGGUUUUAGCAGUCCAGUUGUCUGCUGAGCACAAUGCAAGUAUCGAGUCUGUUAGACAAGAACUACGUUCAUUGCAUCCGGACGAUCCGCAGAUUGUAGUUCUGAAGCAUAAUGUAUGGCGUGUGAAGGGAAUUAUCCAGGUUUCUAGAUCAAUUGGUGAUGUCUACCUAAAGAGAGCGGAGUUUAACAGGGAGCCUUUACUCGCAAAGUUUCGUCUACGGGAUCCUAUUCGAAAGCCCAUACUUAGUGCUGAGCCAGCAAUUACUGUGCAACCAUUAAUGCCCCAAGAUAAGUUUCUGAUAUUUGCAUCAGAUGGUCUAUGGGAGCACCUUAGCAACCAGGAAGCAGUUGACAUUGUUAAGAAUCAUCCUCGAAAUGGUAGUGCUCGGAGAUUAGUGAAAACUGCACUGCAAGAGGCAGCAAAGAAGAGGGAGAUGAGAUACUCGGAUCUCAAGAAGAUAGACCGAGGUGUUCGUAGACAUUUUCAUGAUGAUAUAACCGUUAUCGUUCUAUACCUUGAUUCAAAUCUUAUAAUCAAGGCGAGCUUAGGGGUUAGAGUUCCACCUGUAUCUAUAAGAGGGGGUGGUGUAUGAUGAAGGAUUAUUACAAGAGAUUGAAGAUGAAAAUAGCUCUAUAUAUUUUGAUUUAUUUUACGGUAGCAUGACUGUAAAACUGCAGAGAGAAUAUAUCUCAUUUGUUAAGAAAAAUCAGGAGACAGUAUAUCGCACUUUAGGUUAUUCAAGGCCCUCUUUGUUCUUUUUCUUUUUUUUUCUUUCUCCCUCAAUGUAGUGGGGUUGAUUUGGCUUGUAAAAAGUGUGGAUGGUAACUUUCUCUUUGACUGUUUCAGUUUUAUUCCCCUCUUGUAAUUUAUUUGCUUGACUAUUCAUUAUCCAAUGGCCGUUUUAUUUGGUGA